ACUUUAGCCAUUUCCUCAAGGUCUCACUCAUCCUUUGAAAGCCAGGGAGGUCACACACAGCACUAACCACAAGUCAGACCCCAUAAGCAAACGAAAACCAGCUCAAGAAAACACUGAAUAUGAUGUUCUUCUUAAUUUCUCCUCUCCAUCUCUUUUACUGAACAAAAUAUGUCAAGAUAAUAGUAACAGGCUAACGGCCAUACCCAUUAAUCCCAUCUUGGAAUCCACAGCUCACUUUCCGGGUUAUUGGGCUCCGGAUCUGCCAACCAAUUCACCAACACAGCACUCUUUUUCUCGGGUUUCCCAUAAACAUCCCCCAUAUAUUCCCUUUCAUCGUCUCGAUCUCUAUGCAUUUUCUCUCUCUUUCUCGGAGAACCAACACAAAACAAAGUACAGAUAUAAGUCUUUUUGCUAAGUUUUAUUAGUAGUACUGCUUAUACAUACCAAGCUAAACAAAGUCUUCUUGCACAUAUAUAUUUAUUGAUAGUAGUAGUAUUUUGUGUCAUAUAUUUGCAUGCAUGGCAGGAAAUCCUCCACCUGAAGGGUUGGGAGAUGAUUUCCUCGAGCAGAUCUUGGCAGUGCAGCCACCUGGUUAUGGUGGUGGUGGAGAGGUUAUGGGGUCCACUAGCCUGCCCAUGAUGGGGUUGCAGUUAGGGUCUUGUGCUGGUAAUGUUGGAUUACUGAGGAGUAAUGCUAAUAAUAACAUGGGAAUGAUGCCUUUAGGGCUGAACUUGGAGCAUCAUGGGUUUUUAAGGCAACAGCAAGAUGAUAGUGGUAGUUCCUUAGAUACCAACAACAGCAAUAAUAUCAAUAACACUCCUCCUUCUAUAAAAUCUGCUCGAAUCUUGGGGAGAGAUUCGGUGCACAUGACAAGCUCGUUUCCAACAUUUGGACAUCUGCAGAUUCAUUCAUCAAUCCGGCCUACACCACCUCCUCCUGGACCACCUCAAAUUCACCAGAUUAAUAACCAUCCAAAUCCAGGAGCAGUUUCAGCUGUACCACAACCGCCUGGCAUACGGCCAAGGGUGCGAGCAAGACGGGGGCAAGCCACGGAUCCACACAGUAUUGCUGAGAGGCUGCGAAGAGUAAGAAUCACGGAGAGGGUGAAGGCGUUGCAAGAAUUGGUUCCCACUUGCAACAAGACAGAUAGGGCAGCCAUGCUUGAUGAAAUUGUGGACUAUGUGAAGUUUCUAAGACUCCAAAUCCAGGUUCUGAGCAUGAGCAGACUAGGUGCAGCAGGCGCUGUGGCUCAGCUUGUAGCCGAUGUACCAUUGUCAUCAGUUCAGAUUAAGGGAGAGGGCAAUGAAGGAGGAACCAAUCAGCAAUCUUGGGAAAAUUGGUCAAAUGAUGACACUGAACAAGAAGUAGCUAAGUUAAUGGAAGAAGACGUUGGAGCUGCCAUGCAAUUCCUUCAGUCGAAGGCACUCUGCAUCAUGCCCAUAUCACUUGCUUCAGCAAUCUUCCGAGCACGCCCACCUAACGCAUCAACACUCAUCAACACCGAAUCGAACACCCCUUCAUAAACCUAAGCAAGAAAGUGCAUACUUCGUGUGCUCGUCGAUCAUUUCAGCAGGCAUCUGGGUCCCAAAUCUUGUUCUUGUCCCAUUGUUACAUCGACAGUCAGUUCAAGUGUCAACUUCCACUAGUCGACCUUACUGAAAGAAAGAAAAAAAUAAUGAAUUCAGAGAAAUUGUACUUCUUUUUUCCUGUUUCGUCAACCUCACGGGCACUUGAUGUUAUAGCCAUGGUUAAGUCAAGGCAGAAACUUUCAAAACCUCCAUUAAUGUGCUAGUAUUAUCUAUGGUGGGCCGGGGUUAGUGGAAAAUGACCAAAAUAUUAGUGGUAAGAACUCUCUUUUCUUUCUCUUUGCAUAGUGGGAUGUAGGGCCUUUCAAAAGAGAUUGAUGGGCAUGUGUAUUAUGUAUUUGGAGAAAUUUGUAUGCAAGUUGAAAUAGAUAAUAGUAGGUUGUCUUCUAAAGUUCUGUAAGAAGCUUCUUUUGGAAAAAAUAAUUGCCUGCCUUGGAUUGUUUA